CAUGAAAUACUCCCUUAUCUUGCUUGGGAGGGAAAUCACUUCUAUCAGCGGAGGAGACACAUCUGAAAAGAUUCUGCUGAAGACUUAUUGCAUGACAACUACAUGCAAGAUUCUAGUUUCUUCUUUCACCCGAGACACACAGUUUGAAUAGGUCUACAACGCCAACCUUGGAGAUGUCAGCCAUGGAAAGUCUGAGCCAUAUCACAACCACGGAAGCCCUCAUUGCCACGGCUGUUUUCUGUUUACUUUUUCUGAUGGUCAAGUCCUUCCGGAAUCAGGUUCCUCAUGGCCUGAAGAAGAUCCCUGGGCCAACGGGGUACCCUCUCAUUGGGAACAUGUUGGAGUUGGGGAAGAACCCCCACCUGAGCCUGACACGCAUGAGCAAGAAAUAUGGAGACGUGAUGAUGAUCCAUAUCGGCAGCACACCCGUGUUAGUGCUGAGCGGGCUAGAAACCAUACGGAAAGCCUUGGUGAGGCAAGGAGCUGAGUUCUUGGGACGCCCGGACCUUUACAGCUUCCGUUACGUGACCGAUGGGGAAAGCCUGGCUUUUGGCCACGAUUCGGGAGAAGUGUGGCGCGCCCGGCGGAAAUUGGCCCAGAACGCCUUGAAGUCCUUUGCUGCUUCCCCCAGCCCAGCCUCGCCUUCCAUGUACCUCAUAGAAGAGCAUGUCUCCAAGGAGGUCGACUUCUUGAUCCAGAAGUUACAAGAGGUGAUGCGGGAGAAGAAGGCCCUGGACCCUUUCCGAUACAUUGUGGUCUCCGUGGCCAAUGUCAUCUGCGCCAUGUGUUUUGGUAAACGGUACAGCCACGACAAUCAGGAAUUCCUCAGCAUCAUUGAUGAGAGCGAAAAGUUUGUGGAAGUGGCUGCCGCAGGGAAUCUUGCAGACUUCAUCCCGCUGCUCCAAUAUCUCCCCAUGGGCAGCAUGAAGGUGUUUAAGGAAUUCAAUGAGAAGUUCUCUGCUUUCCUACUCAAGAUGGUCAAGGAACACUAUGAGAGUUUCAGCAAGGAGAGUAUCCGGGACAUCACCGAUUCUCUCAUUGAGCAAAGCCAGGAAAAGUUUCAGUUCUCCUCUAAAAAAAUAGUCAACCUUGUCAACGACCUCUUUGGAGCUGGUUUCGAUACAGUGACCACAACUUUGUCCUGGUCCCUCAUGUACCUUGUCAUUCACCCUGAAAUCCAGAAGAAAAUCCAUGAAGAAAUAGAUGAAGUCAUUGGCAGAGAACGAAAACCCCGGCUGUCGGACCGACCUCUGCUGCCGUAUACAGAAGCUUUCACCAUGGAGGUGUUCCGGCAUUCCUCCCUCCUCCCUUUCACAAUUCCCCACUGCACAGUCAAAGAAACUACCCUCAAUGGUUACUACGUCCCAAAGGACCUCUGUGUCUUUGUCAACCAGUGGCAAGUCAACCACGAUGAGAAUCUUUGGAAGGACCCAACUUCCUUCAACCCAAAGCGCUUCCUUUCUGCUGACGGCAAGGACAUCAACAAGGACGAGAGCGAGAAAGUGCUGACCUUUGGUCUGGGGAAGAGGAGAUGCAUUGGGGAGCAGAUCGCCCGGUGGGAAGUCUUCCUCUUCUUGACCUUUCUGCUCCAAGAGUUGGAAUUCAGUGUCAAGGAAGGCGUGGAAGUGGACAUGACUCCCCGCUAUGGCCUGACCAUGAAGCACAAGCGAUGCCCACAUUUCCAAGUGAAGCAACGGUCCUCAAAGAAUGCCUGCUAGGGAAUGGCCAAGACGAGCCAAUAAAAUGCAUUCAACUGUUCAUGCAAUGAUCUAUGCAUACGUAAACAUACACCCAGAUACACCACAUUUCUCGGUUAAGGACUGGAAAAAUCUUUCCUUGAUAGUGGGUUGUUGUGGGUUUUUUUGGGCUAAAUGGCCAUAUUCUAGAGACAUUCUCUCCUGACGUUUCGCCUGCAUCUAUGGCAAGCAUCCUCAGAGGUAGUGAGGUAUGUUGUAACUAGGAAAAUGGGUUUAUAUAUCUGAGGAAUGACUAGGGUGGGACAAAGAACUCUUGUCUUUUAGAGCUAGGUGUGAAUGUUUCAACGGACCACCUUGAUUAGCAUUUGAUGGCUUGGCAGUGCUUGGGGCAAUCUUUUGUUGAGAGGUGAUUAGAUGUCCCAGAUUGUUUCCUCUCUGUUGUUUUGCUGUUGUAAUUUUAACAGACCUCACAACCUCUGAGGAUGCUUGCCAUAGAUGCAGGCGAAACAUCAGGAGAGAAUGCCUCUAGAACAUGGCCGUAUAGCUCGAAAAAACCUACAACAACCCAGUGAUUCCGGCCAUGAAAAACUUUGACAAUACUUUCCUUGCUAAGUGCAUCUGCCAUGUUUCCAGGCUCAAAUAAAUUAAUGGGAACAUCAACUACUCUUCUGUAAUGAUCCAAACAUAAUUGCUGUAGCUCUAUGGUCAAGUCCCAAAGUACACAUUUACGAGGUGAGGGGCAUUCAUUAAAUAUUUCCCCUGACCCACUUCUAUUUAUUACAGGAUGCUGAAACCGCACAUGUGUCAUGGUAUCAAUCUCUAUAGGUUUCGUGCCAAUUGACAACUCAGAACGGUCUUGAUGUGACAGGUGUCGAAGUGGGGUGAGGUUUGAGAAUGGACCCAGCGGAAGACAGAGCAGUCACCAAGUUCCUUGACUUGAAAGGCUCACACCAAAGGAAGCAUCCGAUGGAAUGAAAGAGGUUUCUGGUGAAGAUUCCCCAUCAUAUGAUGGGGUCAAGAACUGGCAUCGUCCAUUCCAAUGUGGUCAGACUUUGGUUCAAACAGCUCCCAUUCCAAGGUGACCCCACUCUGUUAUUGAUGAACACACCACCCAGCAAGUUGAGGUCACCAUUUUGGAAAAUUGCCAUGUAACCAUUCUCCACCUAGCCCAAAAUAUCAAGAGGAGUGUGGGGUCCAUGGAAAAAAUCACCCAAGACCAUUUCCCCAUGCAUAAGAUAUCCACUCACUGGGUCCCUUGGCUGGUCAAACCUCUCCAGAAGCAGGAAGGAGUUGAAUGCACUCAAGUAUUUUAGAGUUUUAAAUCUCUUGACCCUUAGACCUGAUUUGUUUGUGCGGGGCUGUGUCCCUCUUUCCAUGAGCUGGCAUUGACCGUAAUAAAGUGAACUUGAACGUGAA